AAAUUCGAAGACGUCAUCGACGGACUGUUUGAUGAUAUUAAAAAUCUCAUUGAAGAAGAUAAAUGCCGUCGGGAAGUCCAAAGCUCUAUCACUACACGUACUGAUUCAGAAGCCGAUUCCGACGAACUCCACACGGUGAGUACAAUGAGUAACCAUCUAUAUAAAUGGUUACUCAAUUUUGAUUUUAAUAAAGCCGCACAAUAAAUUCUCAGUUUAAGUUAACGUUCAUGCCUUACAAGACGUUUUCAACAAUCAUCACUGUUGUCUAGUUCAUUGUUAAACACACCUGAGAAAAAUUUAAACAUAAAUUUAAUUGCACAUGCAUAAAGCUAGGACAAUAAGUUGAUUUAAUUCCAUGGCUAUAUGCUGAAAGAUAGCAGACUUAAUAGACACUAUACAUAUAUAGUCACUAGAAUAAGUGUUUUAUUGUUAACACUACUGCAUGGUGUAAUUUUAAAUUAAAUAGAAACAGAAGUCCCACUGGUUCACAUGCUCUUUAAUUAAUGAGAGAUAUUUUUUUUAAAUUUUUUGACAUACUUUAAUUUUGCGGUAAAUGUAUGUAAUUGUUUAAUUGAAAACAAAAUGCAUUUAUAAUAUGUAUUCUGCCCUUUUCCGUUUGUAUCUUUGUUCUUAUAAAAUUAAACUAAUACAUUGUCGUUUUUGUUUCAGGAAACAAAGGACGUUAAAAAUAAUUUUAGAGAGAAAUCUGAUAGUGAAGAAAGCUGGAAACCCUCCAGAAGCGAUGAAGAGUCGAAGGAAGAACCAGAGCCUUCAAAGAAAAGAAAAUCAGAAGAAACCAUAGAUGGUCAACCAAAAAAAAAAGUGAAAGUUUUGAAAGGCAAAAAGCAAAGUUUGCGGGAAGAAAAUGGCGGAAAAGAAGAAAAAGACGUAGAAAAAUACGUUGGUGAAGGAAGUAAUACGAUUUCCACUCAAGCUAGGCGAAAGUUAACGUGUCCUUUACGUUCAUGCAGGUCAAACGUCGUUCAUUUGCCUCGUCAUAUGCGCAAUGUUCAUAAGUGGACGAAGGAAGCGGCAGCAAAGGUACUUCUCAAGUACAACAUUAGAAAAAACCAGCAAGCUGAACCAACGAAUAAGGACUACCACCGUCGUCGUCGCUGUCCAGUCAGUAAAUGCCACUCCAUUGUCCUUCGUUUGCCUGUCCAUUUACGGAAGGUACACAACAUGAAGUAUCAUUCCAAAGAAUAUUCCGAAGCUUUGGCGAGUGCCACGUUUGUAUCGAAAAAAAAGCAUCCGGCAAUUCUUUGGAAGGAAGAACGUGAUCAAAUAUCUACUCCACCUGAAAUGAUGUUGGGAAAUGUACAAAAAGAAAAAAAUGACGAUGGGCACACGUCGCAGAGUGAAUCUGAAAGCUUGGGAGAAAGAAAGAGUUGCUUAAAUAAAGUGACUGCUCAUCCCCUCUUCAUAAAAUUCGAGGAAUGGUUGAAGUCACCAGAUGGUGGAAAAAGGGAUAGCAAAACAGUUAGCCAACACAGUGCACAACUAGUCAACAUGUUGAAUGCGAUUGACGACACUGGUGAAAUCGAGUCCCUCCUUGAUAUAGGACUUGUGAGAAGUGCUUUUCUGAACACCCAUGUCAACGCAAAAAAGUACGAAGCAGGGACAAUUAAAUCCUAUCUGAUGAGUUUGCGUCAUUUCUUUUCAUUUUUACUGGCAGAAAACCCAGAUGAGGUUAAUUUCAACGUGGAAGAAGUCACCUCAUCAAGAGAGAAAGUACGCCUAUGGUCGACGUCUUAUAAGAGAGAUUCAUGCACUCGUCGGUGGAUGAAACUAGAGGAGGAUGUGUUUAAUCGUCUAACGCCGGCCAGCAUUAGAGAAUUCGAGAAGAGCGAAGCACCUCGAGAAGCAGUCAAAUUGAUUGGAAAAAUUUCGGACCCCUCCAACGCCCCACUUGUCACCCAAAUGGCAUACACUUUGGUGCGAGACUUUCUGUUUGCCCAAAUUUUCAUCGAUAACGCAAACAGACCAGGGGUUUUAUCAUCCAUGACAUUAAAUGAGUUCUACAACAUGCGUAAAGAGGGUGAUGACUAUCUAAUAGCAGUAAAAGCGCACAAAACUGUCCACAUUCAUGGGGCAGCGUAUAUAGUAUUGAGCAAGAGAUUGAAGGCUUGGCUCACUAUCUUCGUGCAAUACAUGCGAUUCAAAGUCACGACCUCAACGACCGGCCCUGUGUUUUUAUCGUGGAAUGGGCAAAGCAUGACACCUGGGCAGAUAAAUAAAGCAGUCCAGUCAGUGUUUAAGAAGGCUAAAAUUUCAACGAAAGUUACGUCCACAUCUUUUCGUAAGGCUGCUGUGACACAGAUGCACGAGACUAACCCGGAGUUAAGUGGUAAACUGGCUGGGUUAAUGGCGCAUAAUGAAGCCACGGCAAAAAAGUACUACCUUCUGUCGGAAAAGUCAAAAGCGUCCGUAGAGGCAUCCAAGAAACUAGCAAGCUAA